UGAAAGAUUGAGAUAAUUAAACGUUAUACAGGCAGUCUGUACAGAGUUCAUAUAUCUUUUCACUUGACUGUCCACACCGAGCAGUGGUUGGUAAUUUUUGUGAAUAUAUUGUGCUUUUAAGGGUGCAAACAUUCACCAGAAGAAUUGAGACAGCCCUCAGGAUUUCCCUUCAAUAUUAGUUACACAGUAACUGUGUGUAACUGUACCCAGUGCAAAGGCUGCCUUAGUUCAGAGCACAAUGAGCAUGAGGUGGUUUUCAAGUUUUGUCAGAGCUGCAGGGUCAUUACGAGCCACAUCUAAUCUGCUCUGUUCAUUUAAUGCUACAAGAACAAUGUCAACAUGGCAAGUCGACCAUCUUGAAAGGACAGCCAAUGUUUAUAGGCAAGCGGUCUUGUACCCAGCAAGAGUGUGUAGCAUUGCCAAUGAAUCAGACCUAGUAAAGAGACUGCGGCUGGAGGUUCUGCAUCCUAAGUUUAGCUUUCGUGCUGGCCAGUGGGUGGACUUUAUCAUCCCGGGUAUGGAGAAGGUGGGUGGUUUUUCAGUGUGCUCCAGUCCUGGCCUCCUGCACAGAGAGCGAUGUAUAGAUCUUGCUGUCAAAUACACACAACACCCGCCAGCACACUGGAUCCAUACCAAGUGUACAGUAGGCUCCGAGGUUGAAGUAAGAGUUGGGGGAGAGUUUUAUUUUGACCCUGCACCUUCUGACCCUGCAGUGGACCUACUGUUGGUCGCCGGUGGCGUUGGCAUUAACCCACUCUACUCCAUACUAAUGCACUCUGCAGAUCUGCUCCAACUGCUGCACUCAUAUGCUCCUGGAAACAUACACCUCUGUUACAGUGCCAAGAACACAAACGAGCUGCUGUUCAGAAACAGCAUUGUUAAAAUUUGCCAGGAAUUUCCAGACAAAAUCUCCUGCGACUUCCAUGUGACGCGGCAAGAUUUUGAAAUCGAGCAGAAACUCCAUCCCUAUACAACCAGUGAAAGAAUUUCAAAGGAGGUGCUGAGGAGUCACGUAAACCCUAAGCGCACACUGUGUUACCUGUGUGGCCCACCACCCAUGAUCGAGAGUGUGAGCAUAGACCUGCAGCAUCUGGGCCUGUCUGAGGACCGAAUACUUUUUGAGAAGUGGUGGUAGAUGUCUACAGCCUUUUAAGUCUCUGGGGUCAGACACAAAACUGACCACAAAACUGACCACAAUUCCAUACAACCUGCAGGACCUGGUUUGCUGUGCAGUACACUGAUCUACCAGCAGCAGCUGGAUUAUAGAAGCAGAGACUCAACAAGCUUUUUGUUUAGUCAUACCUCUACACUGAGUUAGGGGUUUGUGCAGAUAAAAAACAAUCAUGUUUCAUGGCUUUUUUUUUACACUAUGAAGUGGUUUUGGUAGAACAUUGUGCAUACAGUUGCAAAAAAAAUUAUUAAACCCUGCAUAUAAGGUUUUAACUUUUAGCUGUUUCAGCUGUAAUAAACCAAUAAAACAUAGAUAUUUAAAUUGCUUAACACUACUAAUAUAACAAGUGGUUUCUAAAAUUUCAACACAAGAUGCCACUUUUAAUGACAGAAGCUGGUGUCUGACUGUGCAUCACGUUUGUAGCAGCAGGUCAUAACAACAAAAGCAUGCUCUAAUAAAACUAAUUUGCAAUGGGGGGUAAAUCAUUUUGAUUGCAAAUGUAGACUUUCUUUUUCUGCCCUGAGAAUAAGAGUUCGCUCUUUACAGGGCAAAGAGUACAUUUUUAAUGUAAUUUACAUAUUUAAAAUAAAAGUCUGAAGUAUUUAUUAAUAACAGUAUAUGUGCAGAAGCUGUACUGUUUAUCUAUGAAUGACUUCGUCAUUGGAGGUCAAUAGAAACUAGAGCUUAUAAUAAUUUCAAUUGUUUAGGGAAAAAAAGAAUGAACACUGUGCCUCAGGUUGUGGAUUAAACAAGAUUGUUUUUAAGGUGGAGUGCAUUUAUUUUUCAUAAAUUAGUAUUUGUAUACUAUGAAGUGGUUUUGGUAGAACAUUGUGCAUACAGUUGCAAUGAAAGUACAGUUUGCCCUGUAAAGAGUACAUGUGCAAAUGCAGAUAGCAGAGGGUGGAUGGCCACAAAGCUUCAAAACAAAUAAGAAUGAAACCUGUCUUUGUUCCUCUUAACUGAAUUGCAUUUUGAUGUUCAGGGUAAAUAAUUCUAUAAAUUAGAAUUAGAAAGCACUUCACCCAAUUAUAAUAAAUUAUUUCCACACAUUUGUAUACAUCUGAAUAUGUCUACACAUAAAUGAACA